AUGCUCACAACCGCCCCUCGCCUCUACAUCCGCCGGCCGUCCCCCACGACCGCCGAGUUCACCGUCACCACCUGCCCGCCGCUCACCGUUCCGCUCCGCCUGCUCCUGCUGGCCAUCCACCUCCUGCGCGUCGUCCUCGUGUCCGCCUCCGUCCUGGCCCUCUACUCCCGCUUCUUCUUCACCGAGGGCCCCCCCACCAUCACCACUACUACUACCACCAAUACCGCCAACACCACCGUCACCGGCCACCAGCAGCUGGGUCAUGCCACGAGCCACCACGGCACAAACAACGGCAACGGCAACGGCAGCGGCGACGGCAACGAGGCGGGCCCGCUCGCGCUGCUGCUCGGGGGCGACCUGGUCGCCUGCGCGGCGGCGGUGCUGACGGCGGCGCGGCAGUCGCGGGCGGGGGCGCUGCUGGCGGAGGCGACGGCGCCGCUGGCGGACUGGGCGCUGGCGGCGGCGUGCGCGGGCACGGCGUGCGCGGCGGCGUGCCGGUUCCGGCUGCACAAGACCGAGUCGGUGCUGGUGCUGCGGGGGCUGGGCAUCCAGACGUGCGCGUCGGGCGGCGGCGGCGGCGGCGGCUUCGGCGGCGGCUUCGGCGGCUUCUUGAGCCGCUGGUGGUGGGGGGGUUGGGGAACGCAGACGAGGUUCAUCCCGACCGAGAAGAUCCGGGACGUGCUCAUCAACGAGGCCUUCCGCGGCUUCGAGGUGCGGUACUACCUGUGCGUCGUCGUCGAGGACGAGGAGGACGUGGUCGUCUUGUUCCCAGGGACGCUGCCGCGGAGGAAGAUCGUCGAGGCCGUCUGGAGGGGCAUAAGGGGGUGUCUGAUGGAGGGGGAAGGGGAAGAAGAAGGAGGAGGAGGAGGAGGGGGAGGGGGAGGAGAGGAGAAGGGGUGA